UAAACCCUCCAAAUUAUUCCAUGCAGUAGUAGAACCCUAAACCCGAAUUUCCUUCUUUACCCAUUUCCCCGACUGACACUUUCACCGGAACAGCAUGUCGAAAUGGUGGCGUGCGGCGGCAACAACCGCUGGAGUUCAGAGGUCGACGGCGUCAGCUAGACGGAGAUCGUAUUUUACAAUUCAAGCGAUCCCUAGGGAGGUUACCGGAAGUAGAGUUUCGAGUAGAGAUCGAGCUCAAGGUCGUAUUCCGGCCGUUGUUUUCUCACAGAACUGCGUUCAGUCCAAACCUAAUGAUCCAACUUCCAUUGUAGCCGGAGGUUCUGUUUCUAGGAAGUUCCUUCUUACAACUGAAAGGAAGCAGAUUAAAGCGAUCAUUGAUUCGAUUGAUCUACCUUUCUUCUAUUCCACAACGUUUCCUCUUCAGAUUCGAGCUGGUUCGGGAUCGUCAACUUUACUGGAAUCUGGAAAAGUACUUCCCAUUAAGAUUCAUAGGGAUGAAGAGACUGGGAAGAUAUUGAAUUUGGUCUUUGUAUGGGCAGAAGACGGAACGAAAUUAAAGGUCGACGUGCCUGUUGUGUUCAAAGGGGAGCAUGAGUGCCCUGGUCUUAAGAAAGGUGGUUAUCUAAACAAGAUCAGACCUACCCUAAAGUUCUUGUGUCCAGCCGAACAUAUACGUCAAAAAAUUGAGAUCGACAUAAGUCAGCUAGAUGUUGAAGACAAAGUGUCCCUGCAUGAUAUAGAUGUUCAUCCUACGUGGAAGCUCUUAAGCAAGAAUGAAGCCAUCCCAGUUUGUAAGAUUAAGGCAACUGUUGAUAGAUAGUUUUUGUCCAAGCUAUAUUGAGACUGCUAGAGGCAUCUGAAGUCCAUUAGCUCAACAUUGUCUAUUCUAAUUUGACAUGGUUUUGUUGGUUGAAUGGUGUAUAAGGACGGUCAAAAGACAUUAGAAGCGUUUGCAUACUGUAGUAGUGAAAGUGCUAUUUUGGGACUUCUUCUAGAAUAAUAAACCUGUGCAUUAAUGAGUAAAUGGAAAAUGCAACUGCAGUCUUUUCAAGUUUUUAGGAGUGCACCCAAAUGCUGAGCUUUGAGUCACCUGUGGCUGCGUCAUUAAAAUAUUUUGUUAUUAAGCAGGAAUCCUCUCGAGGAUUUUUUUAUUGUUAAGACUUGAAGAGUAUUGUACUAUGUUGAAGUUUUUGAUAAACCUAUGUGACUUAUUCUAACUAGUAAAGUCAAUUUCCGUUCUUGUAAA